AAAUUCAAGGAAGCUGUCCAGGGAGUGAAAGACAGCCAAUAUGCAUUUGACUGGUUGAGUGAGACCACCGACAAUGAAACUCUAGUGAAAUGGGAAGCUGAGGCCACAGCAGCUCAGGAUGACCAACUCCAAAAUCCCAGUGCCAUGGACAUAUAUGAAGUUAAAUUGACAAAAGGUCAGUCACAAUGCAACACCUAUUUACAACAUGCUGACAUGUGGCCAGCUGGUAACAUCUACCGCAGUGCUGUGACUUGGCUGGCUGCUGGAAUUACUCUUGAGGAGACCCAAGUAGCCCUCCUAAUUGAUGUAAAGAAACUGGGAAGGUGGCCGACCAACACCCAAAAGCUGGCUGUGGCUCAGCAUUGCAACUGAUUGCAAGGCCAACUUGAUGAAUUCAUCAGGGCAGCAGUCACAUUUCUUGGUGAUGAAUAUGAGGGCUAUGACCA